CACACGCCCUUGCGGUUGAUCAUGUAGUUGCAUUUCCAAGCAGCUUACAAACGGCUGUAUCCAGUGCGGAAAAUAUACUGUAUCGCUCACUGAUGCUAUUUUCGGCUUCCAGUACCGUGCCAUCGGCGGGUGCAGCAGCGUGGCAUCGGGCAUCUUGGCGCCGCUCGCAACCACAGCGCACUCGAUAUUUACAUGAGCAAAGCCGUGUUCGCCUAAAAGGCGAGUCUCAUGUCCGGUAGCAUGCCUGAUCGUCCGCGUCAAGAUGAGUUUGCGUGUCUAACGUAUUCUUAGACCGGACAUGGGCCAAAUGGGCGAUACAAAGAGUCGCUGUGCCAGCUGAGGCGGACAGUAGUCGUAGUGUAUUUGCUUCUCAUGGCUUUUUCUCCAUGAAGUCGUAACUGGCAAAGAAUCCGAAAAAAGUAAUAUUUUUAUUCAACUGCUCGCGUGGUGGACAUCGUCAAAACCAUGUUUGGCGCCGGCAAGGAAAAGGCAGCUGUGCACGUCAACGCCAGCGGUGCCGAAGAAGAUAUCCAAGUAGGCGAGACGGUGGUUGUGAACAAUGACAAGCGCAAGCUAGGUGUGGUGGGUGCUGCUUUUCUUAUUUUGAACAAAAUGGUCGGCACAGGCAUCUUCGCUACGCCCUCGGGUAUCUUUGCCUCAACAGGCUCAGUAGGCAUCUCCCUCAUGCUCUGGGUCCUCGGCGGCAUCAUCACCUUUUGCGGCCUCUCCGUCUUUCUCGAGUUCGGUCUGGCCAUCCCACGCUCCGGUGGCGAGAAGAACUACCUGGAACGCGUGUACCGCAAGCCCAAGUACAUGAUGAGCUGUGUAAUUGCGGCUCAAAUGAUUCUGCUAGUCUGGCCAUCCAGCAACGCCCUCGCUUUUGGUCGCUAUACACUCUUUGCCGCUGGUGUCACGCAAGACGGCUGGGCUGCACGCGGCCUCGGUGUUGCUUUGAUCAUCGUGACCAAUGUCAUGUGCGCCGUCGCUCCCAUUUGGAGCAUCCGCCUCACCAACGUGCUUGGUAUCUUCAAGGCCGGCGUGCUGCUGUUCGUCGUGUUGGCUGGCUUUGCUGCCCUCGCUGGACAUCGCCAGAUUCCCAACCCAAACAACUUUGAAAACGCCUUCCGGAUCGAAAGUGGCGACGGAUACGGCGGCAGCGGCGCCACGGGCAUUGCGAGUGCGCUUCUGGGUGUCAUCUUUAGCUACAAGGGCUGGGAAAGUGCCAACUAUAUUGCGGGCGAGCUCAAGAACCCGCGCAAGACUCUCGCCUUGGCAGCUCCCAUGGCCGUGGGUGGUGUCACGAUCUUGUAUAUCCUCGCCAAUGUCGCCUUUUUCGCUGCGGUACCAAAGUCCGAACUGGCAAAGGCGGACGUGCUGGUUUCUGGCCUCUUCUUCAGGAACAUGUUUGGCGAGUACGCCGGUGUUCGGGUGCUGCCAACAUUUGUCUCCAUUAGCAACGUUGGCACCGUCUUGGCGCUGAGUUAUUCUCAUGCCCAUGUUAUUCACGAAAUGGGCAAGGAGAAUUUGCUACCGUAUAGCAAGCUCUGGGCCUCUACUAGGCCAUUCAAUACCCCAGCCGCCGCAUAUAUUCUGCAAUCCAUCAUGGGCAUUAUUGUCUUGAUUGCCCCUCCUGCAGGCCCAGCCUAUGGCUUCAUCAUUAAUCUCACCACAUAUCCCACCACAUGGACCCAUGCUUUGGUGACUGGCGGUCUUUUAUGGCUUCAAUUCAGAAAGUCGGAGAAGUGGACGUCGCCGUUCCAUUCCUAUGUGCCUCUUACCCUCGUCUAUCUGCUGGCCAAUAUCUUCCUUCUCGUGGUCCCCUUUGUCCCACCUGCUGGUGACCCCAACCGCAACGGCUAUCCAUACUUUUUAGUUCCAGUCAUGGGCACACUGCUUCUCGCUGUGGGCGUUGUGUACUGGGCCAUUCGUAUGAAGCUUAUGCCUCGGCUUGGAGGGUAUAAGAUUGAGGAGCAGCGCAUGGCUGACGAAAACGGGUGUGAGUAUUCUGUUCUUCAAAAAGUUGGACCUGGUCAAAGAUAAAUUUUCAUUUUCGAUUUACUAUUUAUUUUAAUAUAAUUUAAUUCUUUC